GGCAUUCUGUUAGUUCUGUUUUCUGCAGCAAUAAAAUAUUAUGGCCUAGAAUUAGCUGUAUUUAUUUAUUUUCCAUAUGCUUUUUACUGGCACAAUGCUGUCAUAGUGGCACUGAUAAUAAAACUGAAUGGAUCAUCAAAGACUCUUUAGGAAUACACAGGAGCGGAGCGUCAGAGCACUCUGUCUACAUGUCUUUAAUUUCACCAACGACUCAUCUCAAACAUUCACUGAAUGCAGACUAACAGGGAUGCCAAAGGAAAAAUAUGACCCCCCAGAUCCUCGGAGAUUAUAUACCAUCAUGUCAGCUGAGGAGGCUGCCAAUGGAAAGAAGUCACACUGGGCAGAAUUAGAAAUCUCUGGUAGGGUGAGAAGCUUAAGCACUUCAUUAUGGACGCUGACACACUUAACUGCACUACAUAUUAAUGACAACAACCUGAGUCGCAUUCCACCAGACAUUGCCAAGCUUCAACACCUGACUUACCUGAACCUGUCAUCCAAUAAACUCCGCAGCUUGCCAGCAGAACUCGGAAACAUGGUGUCGCUCAGGGAAUUGCUUUUAAAUAACAAUCUCUUACGGGUUUUGCCUUAUGAACUUGGGCGGCUGUUCCAGCUACAGACCCUGGGUUUAAAAGGCAAUCCGUUGUCACAAGAUAUUCUCAACCUGUACCAGGAACCUGACGGAACAAGAAAGCUACUAAAUUAUAUGCUUGAUAAUCUAGCAGUCCACCCAGAGCAUCUUCCACAGAGGCCGUGGAUCACAUUGAAAGAACGAGACCAAAUGCUCCCUACAGCCCUAUUCACAAUCAUGUGUUUCAAUGUACUUUGUGACAAGUAUGCCACAAGGCAGCUCUACGGCUACUGCCCAUCUUGGGCGUUAAACUGGGAGUACAGAAAAAAGGGAAUUCUGGAAGAGAUUGUCAACUGUGAUGCAGAUAUUAUUAGUCUUCAGGAAGUUGAAACCGAGCAAUACUACACCCUCUUUCUGCAAGCAUUAAAGGAGCGUGGGUAUGAUGGGUUCUUUUGUCCAAAGUCUCGUGCCAAAUUAGUGUCAGAGCAAGAAAGGAAACAUGUGGAUGGAUGUGCAAUAUUUUUCAAAACUGAGAAAUUUACGUUGGUGCAGAAGAACACAGUGGAAUUCAACCAGGUGGCCAUGGCAAACUCUGAAGGCUCAGAAGUUAUGUUGAAUCGAGUAAUGACGAAAGACAACAUUGGCGUAGCAGUAUUGUUAGAGGUCAACAAUGACAUCUUUGUAGGAGGUAUGAAGCCGCUUCAUAGUAUUGAGAAACAACUACUUUUAGUGGCCAACGCACACAUGCACUGGGACCCUGAGUACUCCGAUGUGAAGCUGAUCCAGACUAUGAUGUUUACCUCUGAAUUGAAGAACAUUGUUGAGAAGGCCUCCAGCUCUGGCAAGCCAGGCUCUCCAGCUUCUGAUCCCAGCUCCAUCCCAAUCGUGCUGUGUGCGGAUCUGAACUCGCUGCCAGAUUCAGGUGUUGUUGAAUAUUUAAGCAAUGGAGGAGUAGAAGAAAAUCACAAGGACUUUAAGGAACUGCGAUACAAUGAAUGUCUCAUGAACUUCAGUUGCAAUGGGAAAAACGGAAACUCUGACAGCAGAAUCACUCACAGCUUUCACCUGAAGAGCGCCUAUGAUAACAACAUAAUGCCUUACACCAAUUACACCUACGACUUUAAGGGUGUUAUUGACUACAUUUUCUAUUCCAAGACUCACAUGAAUGUGUUAGGGGUCCUGGGACCUCUGGAUCCUCAGUGGCUGAUUGAAAACAGCAUCACCGGCUGCCCACACCCCCACAUCCCCUCCGACCACUUCUCCCUGCUGACUCAACUUGAGCUCCACCCCCCUACCCCGUCCCUUAUUAACGGGGUCCACUUGCCUGUCCGAAGGUAGUAGAGCCCCUCCCAUGAGGACUAGGGCCUCUUCCUAAGGACCUGUACAAUUGUAAAAAAAAAAGUAUGUAGGAGUGAAGUAUGGCUCACAUACUGAUCCUUUCCUAGGCUGUUCCUUUUUAUGGUUUGAACAUAAUUUAUUUGUUUCUUCUUCUAAGCUUUAUACCAAAAAGGGCUGGGAUUACAACAGUGUUAUUUUAUCAUAAUCGUUUGAUGCACGCAGCUUUAAAGAAAAAAAAGUCGGGAGAAAUGACCACUGAGGAAAACUGAAACUCCACCAAUACAUAUGCUUUGCAACUGGAAAAGACACAUUCUCUGCAGAGGAUUUUAGUAUUUUCCCAGCCCUACACACAAACAAACGCUGCUUACUCUGCAUUUCUUUUAUUUAUUUAUUUAUAUAUAUAUUAACCCCCCCCCCCCCUUCUCCCAGACAAACAAAAAUGACCUAAAAUGUGAAAUUUUCAAAUUCUUCAUUCAGAUUUAUUUAUAAAAGGGAACUUUAAAAUAAAGGACUGCAUUAAAAUAUUUAAAUAUCCCCGGAGAUAUUUUUGUAAAAUAGUUUUUAAAAUAAUAGUAAUAAACUGAAAACUACCCUUUUUAAUUAAUUGUAUAACUUUAGUACCAGGUGCUGGUUAUAUUCCACUGUUAAAAUGGCUUCAACAUUUCAGGCCACUUUGUUUUAAACUGUCUAAUAUAUAUAUAUAUAUUAUAAUUUGUCAUAAUGGUCACAUUAAUCAAGCCAUAACUUGCCCGAAGCACAAAAAUAUGUAUAAAAAAAUAUUAAACCAGAUAUACUGUACUUUUUAUUCAGUGGACAUUACCGUUUAUGCAUCGCUGCUGUUUGUAAUUGCUGCAGUAUUUUCCUGCCAUGGCAUUUUUGUUUCUUUUGAAUUGAAUACUUUGUGAGCAAUAUGUUUUGUCCAUACUUCACUCCCGGUAUUUUGUGAGAUAUGUUUGUAUAAAAUUAAAUUUGAACUUCUCUUGUAAUGAUUGUAUAUGAACCACAGAGAAGGCCAUUUAUUGAUUUUUUCUUUUUUUUCUCUGUCUUUAUAUAACUAUUCAAAGAUUAGAAACAGUUGAUUUGGAAGGAGGGAGGUACAGCACAUAACUGCUUUUUCAAAGUUCAUGAAAAGAGGUACUGUAGUGUGAAUGUGUGUUUGUUUGGAUAUUCUUUGUUGCAAAUGGCCACCUAUUUCCCACAAACAUGUAACACAUUACGUUCUCUUUUAAAAUUCAUUGUAAAUAUUAUAAUUGCUAAAAAAUAAUAUAACCAAAAACUUUUUUUUUUUUAAAUCUUAAUCUAGGACUGUCAUAAUUUGAAAUGUAACGACAACACAAGCUGUAAAGCACACUAUAAAGUUAAAUAUAGGCAACAUGUUGUACUAAACAAAAAUCAUGGCAGGGGAGGAUUAGCAAAACUGCUAACCUUGGUAACUGAUCUAAUAAUUUUGCCUAUGAUCAUUAACAUAGCAACACUAGUGGAUAUCGACUGUAAUGACCCAUCCUCAUAUUUCAUACACCAUACUAUACAGCAGGACCUGUCACUUGGAUUGUAAACUAUAGAAAGGUUUUUAUUUGUGGUUCUUGUAGACUCAUUUUAUAACAAUGUGCCUAGUUUUUUCUACUACUUAAGCAGCAGCAGCACUGCCAAAAGCAUGCAGAGAAUCAAAAACAAAUGCAACUCCCAGCACCCUUCUGCAGGCAUCUAUUUAAACAUUCAGUACAAUAGAUCUAAUAGAUCUGUGGAAAUGUAUGUAACCUAAAACACACACAUUAUUUUUUUUGUUUCGUUUUAGAGAACAUGAAAAUUGGAAAACAAAUGUUAAAAGUCAGAUAUGACAGUGUGCUCCAAAACCAGAUCUCCCUUUUACCUCCUUUUUCAGCCAAUUUACAGUCUCUACUGUGUAUUGUGCAUUCUAACAUGAUUUGUUAUGCUUAAUGUGCCUCAUUAUCUUAAUUUGUAUCCCCCCCCCCCCUCUUUUUUUUUUUUAGUUAAUAUUCAUGCGUUAUGAAGUUGUGGAGUAACAGUAAAUGCAGGUCUCUCAUGUCAUCACUUUCAAAGCCAAAUACAUUAUUGGGCUGCUGGCCCGGAAUGGUGAUAUUUGUGAAUAGCAAUGGUUUUCCAAAAUUCAAAAACCUUUAGUUUUUUUACAAAUACAUUUGAUUUGUUGUGAUAUGUCGUAUUUGUCCAGAUGCAUGUGGAAGAAGUUUUUACCCAUUUUUACCAAAAAGUUCCGAUACAACUAUUUUUUUUUUUAACACAUUUUCACGUGAAGUUUGGCCUACUAAUUUCUACUAAGAAAAUCCAUGACUUAAAAUUGUAUUACUCUAUUAUAUGUAUGUAUACAGUUGAAUUGGAAGUUAAAUCUCAUAGUUUGUAUGUAGCAGAAUCAGAUUUAUUUGUGCAGAUUAAAAAUGGCAAUAACAAUUAGUCGGGGGGGGUGGGGGGGGGGAGUACUCCGGGAGUACUCUGGGAAACUUAUAUGAGGUAAGACAUACUUGUUUGAAUGUAUGCUUUUUAAGAUGUAACAGUGCAGUUACUGAAUUACCCAUGAAUCUGUUUUACAUCUAUAGUUACAGUUUUUAUUUAAAUACUGGUAUUUACUUUAAAAAAAAAAACUUGCAAAGAUGUAUGUUUCUUUAAUACAGUACACAUCCUACUUUUUUCCACUUUAAUGUUCCUUGUUUUUGGACAAAAAUGAAAAUUAUAAACUGCAGUUUGACAUUUCAUGUGUUGAGAAUGUGUGUGUGUGUGUGUGUGUGGAAGUGAGCAAGUGGGGUCUAAAGUGGCAUUACUGUGGUUUACAAUACUGAAUCAGUUCACUGAUUAUAUCAGAAGUAUGAAACAGUCAGCAAAGGUUUGAAAUCUGGUACAUGUAAAGAAGAUUAUAGGAAGGAUACAAGGUAUUCUCGGUAUACCCUGUAUGGGGGGCAGAAAUAAUUUGUAGCAUGACUUUAGAAGUGAUGUGAGUCUUCACACAAGACCAGGAAAUGUUGUUACAUGCAGAACAAUUCUCCACUGUCAAGAAUUUCUAGUAGCAUUUUUUUUUUGUAAUCCUCUAAGAGUUUUGUUGGUGAAUUCAAGUUCAGUAAUCCUGGUGAUAGAUGCCGAGGACAAACAUGCUUUGGAUCUCUUCCUUUUGGGUCUAGUUUUGUUUUUUUUGAUCAUUUGCUUCCUGUUGCUUGGGCUAAAAUAUGCUUGGUUUGUAUGGUGCUCCCCAAAUUAAUUUGCGAGACUGUGAUGAUAUCGUUUUGUGUUACCAAUGCUGAAGUCAAACAACAGAGACAGUACCAGUGUACAAAGUGAUAAAAUAACAGUGUGUUCCUGUUACAGCUAAAGGGGUUUUCUUUUUCAAGGAAGUACAACAGCUGCUAACAAUUUGGCCGAUUAUUAACAGUAAUGACUAUACAGGAUGAGGUUAUUUUAAGACCAUAAAGAGUCAACCCUAUAUAUUUCUAUUAAUGUCCAAUUUGAAUCAAUUCGGGCAUUUCCAACAUUGGCAACAGAACCUAAAGUGAGAUCACCACUUUUGUUGAUUAAUAUGUAGAAAUGCCACUGUUAAUUAUAGAACAAAAUAAUAUAAGUGGGUAUUUACUGUAUGUGAUGCUUACACAAAAACAGAACCAUAGUUGUGAUGGUUUUUUUUGUUUUUUUUGGUGUAGCAUGAUCGGGGUAUGUGUGAUGUCUCUGGAUCAGUCUCAUGUUAAAAAUGAACUAAUUAUGUCAGUAAUAGUAACUGUUGACCGUCCAUACUAAUAGGGCCUUUCCUACUAGAUAUUCACCAGCUCUUUUCUCGGUUACUAUUAUUGUCAAGUUGGUUAAAAUCCAUGAUGCUUUACUACAGUAAGAUGAGUUUAAUGCAAUAUAUUGUAUGUGCUGUACAACUGGUUUUGGUUUAAACAAACCCACCAGGCCAGUAACUGCAUUAAAGCAGUCCUGCCUUUUUAAGAUG